UGUGUUGAUCCACCUCAACCUCUUGCAAAAGGGUGUAAGCAAAAGAAUGUAAGUUGCUCCUGAGUGUCUGUCCACCCCCCAGCUGCAUUGUUGUGCAGGGGACAUGCAUAAGGUUGCUAACACCUUAGCAAAUUUGCAUGCAACCUUUUGUGCUGUGGGGGAUAAAUAGGUGACUGCUUCACCUAUUUUGUUCACAAGAAGCAAAAUGCAGAGAAGGUUCAUCACUCAACAGGCAUUGGAAUGGAUCCUGAGUAACACCAACCCUUGUGACUCAGAUGGAGAAGACAUAGUCCUUCAACCGGAUUCGGACUCUGAGCUGUCUUCAGAUGAGGAGACUCCUCCUCUACCAAAAAAGAGAGCUCGGUUGGCGAGUGAGCCGACAGAGACCGCAAAAGAUGGUACAGUGUGGCGUGAAGAACAAGUGGGGAAACGUCUCCAUUUCACCCCAAUAGAACCGUACCCUACAGAUGGAGAGCUAAGAGCUAGUGUCCGGAGUCGCCUUCAGAGCUUCCUCUGUUUUAUCACGCUUGACAUGCUUCGUGGCAUUCAAGAAUGGACGACACAACAUGCACGUCACACGGAGCAGGUGGAUUGGUUCAUGGAUCUCCCAGAACUAAUGGCAUUUAUUUCAGUCAUUAUCUUGAGGGGGGUGACCAAGGUUCCAUCACUACGUGACAGCUGGUCAGCAAACCUUGCAAACCCAAGGAUCAUUGCAACUAUGGCCCGAAACCGCUUCCAAGACAUCAUGCAACACCUACGCUUUGAUGACAUGCUCACACGCAGUGAGCGAGCGGAGACCGAUAAGUUUGCUGCAAUCUCUGAUGUGUGGAGGUCAUUUGUCACCAACUGCAUCUUACAGCCCUGGUCGACACAUCACUAUUGAUGAACAGCUUUUCCCGUCAAAGACUCGCUGCUGUUUUCUGCAAUACAGUGCAGCAAAACCAGACAAGUUUGGUAUUAAGUUUUGGGUGGCUUGCGACUUGAAAUCAAAGUACAUCUGUAAUGUCCUCCCAUAUCUUGGCAAGGACCCCAGUCGUCCCAACGGGGAGAGACUGUCCGAGACUGUAGUGAUGAGGCUGAUGGAACCAUUCAUGGACAAGGGCAGAACUGUAACCACGGA